GUUACUUUAGAUUUGUCUAAGAAGUCAGUUAACAUUUUAACAUUCCCUUCUGUUCUUUGUUUUAAAGAAAGCUCUGAUUUUGUUUCAUUUUCAGCUGGAGACGUAAAUGACACCAAGCAAAGCCUACUUAGUUUAGAUUAUCAGAAAUUGACUGAUGAAAAAUCAAACAUGAACUUUGUAGUUUUGUUUUGUUUUGUUCUUAUCAUUGUUGAAACUGAUGCUGGACAAAAUGAAGAAAUUCCCAGGAAGCAAAAGAGGAAGAUGUACCAUAAAAAACUGAGGAAAAGUCCCUCACCCAACCGUAGAUCAAAUAGACAGCUGGAAAUUUGGCAAACAGGGACUGCUACGCCAGUUGCAAGACUGCCCAUCCUAAACUUGGACGACAGCAUGGAGGAAAAAUUCGAACCCUUGUUACGUGGUGUUGGAGUAGAAUCAAGCUACAGUGUGCUACCAGGAAAGAAGGGGCACUGCUUGGUAAAGGGUAUGACCAUGUACAACAAAGCUGUUUGGUCUCCUGAUCCUUGCACCACCUGCCUCUGCUCAAAUGGAAGAGUGCUUUGUGAUGAAAUGAUGUGCCACCCCCAGAGGUGCCCCCGGACAGUGACACCUGAAGGAGAAUGCUGCCCAGUCUGCUCUGACACUGCCUUCUAUUCUGUACUGAAUGAUAUAGUAUUCAAUGACAGCAAUGAAUUUUCUGGUGAUUCUUCAGAACAAAGAGAAUCUACCAAUUUACUUCAUAAGCAACUGCCACCUCCUCAGGUGGAAAUGGACCAAGUAUUAAGUAAAGAAGCACUUCAAUCUGAAAAGGAUGAAGGAGAAAUUAAAGAAGAUAUGGAGCAAAAGAAAGAGACCUCUGGACCUAGAGAUCAGGGAAGACUUCACAAGGAGGGGAAGAGCAGAGGAGAGAGAAGGCAGAGGCCUGGAGAGAAGAGGAGGCCCAUAUAUCAACGACUACAGAAAGGACGGGAGGAGGAGGAGAGGGAGGAAGAGGAGGAGUGGGAAAAAGAAGAGGGGGAGAGGGAGGAGAAUGAGAGAGAGGCGGGAGAAGAGGAAGAAGGAGAGGAGGAAGAAGAAGAAGAAGAAGAAGAGGAGGAAGAGGGCCCUGUAAGAGGAGAUGUGUUUCGAACACGCUCUCGAGUCUUCUCGCCUGUUCCUCCCAGAGGCAGGCCACGCCUGCCAAGUGGGUGCUCUCUGUCCUAUAAGACCAUCAGCUGUGCCUACGUUGCCCUCACCCAGAUACCACCACUGAUGGCACCAGAGAUAACGAGUCUGGAACUGGUUGGCAACUCCAUCACCUCCAUCCCGGAUGAAGCGUUUAAUGGAUUACCCAAUUUGGAAAGGCUUGAUCUGAGCAAAAAUAAUAUCACCUCUUCAGGCAUAGGCCCCAAAGCAUUCAAGGUUCUGAAGAAGUUAGUAAGUUUGAAUAUGGAUGAAAAUAAUUUGAUACAGAUUCCUUCAGAAUUACCAUCUACAUUAGAAGAACUGAAAAUCAAUGAGAACAAUCUUCAGGCCAUCGACGAAAAUAGUUUAUCAGACUUAAAUCAGUUGGUCACCUUAGAAUUGGAAGAAAACAAUCUCAGUGAAACCAAUGUCAAUCCUUCAGCUUUCAGACCUUUGAAGAACUUAUCUUAUCUGCGUUUGGGAAAAAAUAAAUUUAGAAUUAUACCCCAGGGUCUUCCAGCUUCUAUUGAGGAACUACACCUAGAACAUAACCAAAUCGAGGAAAUAACUGAGAUCUGUUUCAAUCACACGAGAAAGAUCACUGUGGUCGUUCUGCGUCACAACAAGAUAGAGGAGAGUAGGAUUGCUCCUCUGGCGUGGAUACACCAGGAACAUCUCGAGUCCAUAGAUCUCUCCUACAACAAGCUCUACCACGUCCCCUCCUACCUGCCCAAGGCCCUGCUGCACCUCGUGCUUGUGGGCAACCAGAUCGAACGGAUCCCUGGCUACGUGUUCGGCCACAUGGAGCCAGGCCUGGAGUACUUGUACCUGUCAUUUAACAAACUCUCUGAUGACGGCGUGGACCUCGUCUCUUUCUAUGGGGCGUAUCAUUCUCUGAGGGAGUUAUUUCUGGAUCACAAUGACCUAAAAUCUAUACCACCGGGCAUAGAAGAAAUGAAAGCACUACACUUUUUGAGACUGAACAACAAUAAGAUAAGGAAUGUCCUCCCAGAACAAAUCUGCAAUGCUCAAGAGGAUAGUGACUCGACUCUGGAACAUCUUCACCUGGAAAACAACUACAUUAAAACUAGAGAAAUCUCACCCUAUGCAUUUUCAUGCAUAAGAUCAUAUUCAAGUAUCGUUCUUACACCACAAAAAAUCAAGUAAUCCCAAGUUUCCUUUGCCAUUUAUACUGAUGCAUUUCGCUCCUAUCUGGACAGCAGCAGCAUUGGCCAUUGAUAAUCCCGUUAUACUUAGUGUCAUUAUGCUCGCCAGUCUGAUUCACCAACCCACACGUGAACAACCAGAAGUGCACCUACGAGGUGUGUCCCAGGAGUCCUGGCAAAGUGAGAACCUCCAGUGUCCCACCUAUGAAAAGAAGCUCUCUCACCAGGAUAGGUUAUACAGGCUUACCUAGGCACAGGGACUCUGGCACAAGUAUAUUCUCUACCAUCAACCUGAGUCCUUCUGUAGGUUGAGAAUUUGCUCAGUCCUUUUUAAAAUGAUCUAUUAUGGCUUCAGACCAAGGAGUGUACUGGCAGGAAAAAAGCCCAGAAUUUAUAAACUGGUGUUAUUAUUCUGUUAAAGCAAUAAUGGGACUGGUGGUUGGUGUAAUGGUUAUGUCACUGGACUCCCCCAUGUAGUUGACCGCAGUUUGAGUCUCGGACCUGGUGGC